AACGAGGAAAAACAACGCUUCCUCGUUGGCUCUUCCAAUGCCAUACAGCCACUUGGUUCCACCGACAACGAUGUCGGCGUAGAGUUAAACCGAAGGCAAGUAAGCUUCAGACCCUGGACGCCACAAAAACAAAACCUAGGCAGAUCGUCGGUAUCAAAUUUGGUAUGAGGCGUCUACUAGGCAUGCGGGCCGGGGCCGGGGCCGAUUGUGCCUCACACCAGGCAGUAGCUUCUGACCUGGGGUCCUGGAGUCGCCAAAUAAUUAAUAAAUAACCAUGUAGCCCCCCCAGCCUGCUUUCCCUUCGCUUCUCCGGUUCUCUCUGCGACUUCCAGAUCCAACAAGAAAACCCCCCCUCUCUCUCAAGAUGCAGUUCCGCAGCCUGUUCCUCGCCCACGCCGUCGCCGGCGGCGUGGCCUUGGGCUCCCACAACAUGGGCCUGUUCGCGGGCUCCACGCGGUCGCUCGUGCCGGGCAUCAACCAGCUCGCCGUCGGCUCCUGCGACAUCGGCACCACCUCCUGCGGCACCGGCUGCAUGCCGCUCGGCAGCGUGUGCUGCGAUGGCCGCGGUUACUGCGACAUUGGGGAAUACUGUACCACCGACGGCGGAUGCUGCCCGAUCGGAAAGACCUGCUCUGGCCCUGCCACCUGCGAGGCGGGCAAAGUCCUGUGCGGUGAAGGGUGUAUGCCCGCGGGCAAAGUGUGCUGCCCGUUGAACCACAACGGUGCCGGGGGCUAUUGUGACGCGGGAGAAGUCUGCCAGGCGAACGACCGGUGCGGGACUGGUGGCAGCGGAGGUGGCAGCGGAGGAGGCAGUGGUGGAGGAAGCGGCGGAGGAAGUGACACUUGCCCGGCGGGAGAGGCGGUCUGCGACACCUUGUUCUGUAUGCCCUCCAGCGGGGUCUGCUGCCACGAUGGUGAGGGAGGUUACUGCAAGUCCGGCUACUACUGCGACGAAUACGGCGGCUGCUGCCGGAACGGCAGGACAUGCACUCCCGGAGGAGGCGUGGGGGAUACGACAACCAGUGCCACCAGGACCGCCACCCGGACCACCUCCGAGGACGGCGACGAGACCACCCCAAGAACCCGCACCACCACCACCACGACCACGGGCGCCACGGCCACCGGUUUGGCCGGCGACGGCAGCGGCACCGGCUCGGGCUUCGGCGAGUUCGGCGACACCACAACCACCACCCAGAUAACCGGGCCGACUCAGACCGCGCCCGCCGGGCCGGGCAACGUGAAUGCCGUCGCCCCGCGCGCGUGGCUGGAGGGCAAGAUUGCCGCUGGAGCUGCGGUCGCUCUGCUCAUCGGUGCCGCCCCGUUCGUGCUGUGAGUUGGUGGGAGCCGUUGACGGGCCGAGGCGCGAUGGCCUGGAUUUGAUGAUGGAUGUAGUUGGGCGAUAGGAAAUGGUGGGGUGAAAUAGUCCUGUUCCUGAUUCAAGUCCUGUAAUGUCUAUUAUUCUCAGCCUACCUCCAUUUUGGUUAGCAUUUAAUAUACCCUUCAUUGUUAAUA